CAUAAACACGCCCAAUUUCUUCAAACAAUUCCUUUCUCCAUGGCUGUUCAAGCUCAAUAUCCUUCAAAUGUUUUGCUCUUAAACAGAAAUGGUCAAGAAGCGCAUGAUUAUUCAUUGCAGAUACAACCAGGAGGUUUUCUUGACCAGACUCAUAUGGUGUUCAACAACAAUAUAGGAAACAAUUCUCGGAAGAGAGCAAGAGAAAUGGCGACUUCCACAGCAACCUUCGCGACUCCAAUCGAUCUCUCUGCGAUACAGCAGCCUCGUCCUCCUCUUCUUGUUGAUCUCGCCAACCUUCACAAUCACCAAAACAAUGUCGUCUCCACCGGUCUCCGCUUGUCCUCCGGUAAUCAUCAACAGAAUCAACCGCUGCAACAGCAGCAACAACAACAACAACAACAACCUAAUCAUAACCACAAUCUCGUUCCUCAAUCAUCAUCGACUUUCAUAUCGCUAUUAACAGACGAUUUCGCCUCAAAUUUCAAACGGCAACAAGACGAAAUAGAUCAAUUCCUUCAAGCACAGGAAGAGCAACUACGGCUCACCUUGGCAGAUAAAAGACAGAGACACUACCGUGCACUUCUGGAUGCAGUAGAGGAAUCGGUAGCGAGAAGGUUAAGAGAGAGAGAGGAGGAAGUUGAGAAGGCCACGCGCCGAAACGCCGAGUUGGAAGCACGCGCCGCCCAGCUUAGUGUCGAGGCGCAGGUCUGGCAGGCGAAGGCUAGGGCACAGGAAGCCACCGCUGUAGCUCUCCAGGCACAACUGCAACAGGCGAUGUCUGGCGGAUGCGACGGAGGAGAUGGCGGCACGGCAGGCGCCGAAGGACAAACCGACGACGCCGAGUCGGCUCAUAUCGACCCGGAGCGAGUGAGGAUUUUGGGACCGAGUUGCAAAGCGUGUAGAAAGCGGUUGGCGUCGGUGUUGCUUUUGCCCUGCCGUCAUCUCUGCCUCUGUACAGACUGCGACCAAGUGGCUCAGACUUGCCCGUUAUGCCCUUCCAAGCGAAGUUCCAGCGUAGAGGUCUAUCUCUCUUAAGGCCCAAACCCACGGCCCAAUUAAGUUUCUCCAGGCCCAGGAACCGACCCGGAAAGUUCAGUUACCGGAUUUUUUUUUUUUUUUCCGAUAAAAUUUUAAAAGAAGUAAUAAAAGAAUUUACAUUUACUUUUUUUUUUAUUAUUAUUGUUAGAAAUAUUCUGAUAGACCAAACCAGACUAUUUCUUUUUCUUUUCCCUUUUUUUUUAAAUAUAGAAUUUCAUUUA